AAUCGGACACUGACGCUCCUCCUCCAGUCCUUUCCCCCGAGUGCCUGCGGCUCUGACAGCGGUCGCUACUGCUCGCAGUGAGUCUGUCCUGUGCCUCAGUACGUAGCCCACCGUGCCUCUGAGGCGUGUGAUUGUCCCGGCUCGGGCUGACAGCCGCAGCAAUGCUGAGCGCUGUGCUGCGAAGAAGGAGUUGCUCCUGUGUCAGGCGCAGGAGGAGUCUGUGCCCCACUCUCCCUAGCAGCAGUGGCUGCCCUGCCUCGCCCCUCUGCCCCAGCCCUCUGAGAAUCCUCUCCUCACCUAGCAGCAGCAGAGGGGUGCAGGGAAGCUCUCUCCAGCCAGGUGCUAAUAAGGUGAAGCCGCUACAAGGUGUGAAAAUUCUUGAUCUAACAAGGGUACUUGCAGGACCCUUUGCAACAAUGAAUUUAGGAGACCUAGGAGCAGAAGUUAUUAAAGUGGAAAGACCAGGAGUUGGUGAUGACACAAGAGCCUGGGGACCACCUUUUGUUGGAACAGAAAGCAUUUAUUUUCUCAGUGUAAAUCGAAAUAAAAAGAGUAUAGCUGUCAAUAUGAAAAAUCCAAAAGGAGCAAAGAUAAUCAGAGAGCUUGCAGCUGUGUCUGAUGUUUUUGUGGAAAAUUAUGUCCCUGGGAAACUGGCUGAAAUGGGCCUGGGGUACGAAGACAUUAACAAGAUUGCUCCUCACAUUGUGUACUGUUCAAUAACAGGUUAUGGUCAGACUGGUCCAGCAUUUCAGCGAGCAGGUUAUGACUCUGUUGCAGCGGCUGUUUCUGGUCUUAUGCAUAUCACAGGGCCGGAGGAUGGUGAUCCGGUUAGGCCAGGAGUAGCCAUGACAGACCUUGCUACAGGGCUGUACACGUAUGGAGCAAUCAUGGCCGGCCUGCUUCAAAGAUAUAAAACCGGGAAGGGACUUCACAUUGACUGCAAUCUAUUGUCAUCUCAGGUUGCAUGUCUUACCCAUAUAGCAGCUAAUUACCUUAAUUGCAAAAUGGAAGCAAAGCGGUGGGGUACUGCUCAUGGCAGUAUUGUUCCUUAUCAGGCUUUCAAAACUAAGGAUGGCUACCUGGUGGUGGGAGCUGGGAAUGAUCAGCAAUUUGUCACCGUGUGCAAGAUCCUGAAUUUGCUUGAAGUUAGUAAAGAUUCCAGAUAUAAAACUAACAAACUCCGAGUGCAGAACAGGAAAGAGCUUAUUGAAAUAUUAUCAGCCCGGUUUUCAGAAAAAAUGACCACCAAAUGGCUUGAACUCUUUGAAGGUAGUGGUGUUCCAUAUGGUCCAAUCAACAGUAUGCAGCAAGUAUUCUCGGAUCCUCAGGUGCUGCACAAUGGACUUAUCAUGGAAAUGGAUCAUCCAACAGUAGGGAAGAUAGCUGUUCCAGGACCAGCUGUCAGAUAUAGUGAAUUCAGUGCAUCAAAGCCCAAGCCUCCACCUCUUGUUGGACAGCACACGGUGGAGGUACUGAAGGUUGCACUGGGGUAUGAGGACAACGCCAUCGAGGAACUUCUCAGGACUGGUGCAGUUGUUCAGCAUGAAGUCAAGUGA